AUUCACCUAGGAAACACUUCUAGAGAGGAGUCUGAAAAUGGCUGCAGAGUUUUUAGGGGGACCUAGAAGGCAUUUGAAGCCGAGAAAAAGCCUAUACCAAGGAAUAUUGGAAAGAGUAUAUAGCAAGUUUUGUGACUGAUACUAGAAUUUUUGAAGAUGGCUCCUGGGCGCUGUAGCAGGUUCCAAUAUGCGCACUUUACAUUAGGAUUGCAUUUUGUAUACAGUGUACCAGUGUGAAAAAUUUAUUCUUACCUGAGGGUUUUUAAAAAUCUUAAAAACAAUAAAGAUAAUUUAAAGAAAGAGAUUUAGAAUUUCAGUACUUUGGUAAAUUAACUGUCAACUUUUAACUUGGCGUCCUUUCUGAAUAUAAUGUAUGUCUACAUAGAAACUUAAAAUCAUUGUGCAGAUAUCAUUCAAGUAAUCAGGGCACCAUCUGACCUUUAGAGAAUAAAAGACCAUGCCUUGAAUUCUCUCACCUAAGUAUAAAGGAUUCUUUCAGAGAUUUAUUUAAUCCCAAAAUGCAGAUGUUUCUGAUAAUGUAUACAAGGAACAACCUCAACUGUGCUGAGCCACUGUUGGAGCAGGAUGAUUCACUUAACGUUAAUUUCAACGUAAGCAAGAAAACAGUCUGGCUCAUUCAUGGAUACAGGCCAAUGGGCUCCGUUCCAUCAUGGCUUCAGAAGCUUCUAAGGGUUUUGCUGAAUCAAGAUGAUAUGAACAUAGUUGUAGUAGACUGGAACCAGGGUGCUACAACUUUUAUUUAUGAUAGAGCAGUUAACAAUGCCAGAAAAGUUGCUGUGAGUUUGAGUAAGUGCAUUCAGAAGCUUUUGAAGCAUGGAGCAUCUCUUGAUAAUUUUCAUUUCAUAGGUAUGAGCUUAGGAGCUCAUAUUAGUGGAUUUGUGGGAAAGCUAUUUCAAGGUCAACUUGGAAGAAUAACAGGUCUUGACCCUGCUGGGCCAAAAUUCUCUGGAAAACCAUCAAAUGGCAGAUUAGAUUAUACUGAUGCAAAGUUUGUGGAUGUCAUCCACUCUGAUACUAAUGGUUUAGGCAUUAAAGAACCCUUGGGACAUAUAGAUUUUUAUCCAAAUGGAGGAAAAAAGCAGCCUGGCUGUCCUAAAUCAAUAUUUUCAGGAUUAAAAUUUAUUAAAUGCGGCCACCAGAGAGCAGUUCACUUGUUCUUGGCAGCUCUGGAAACAAACUGCAAUUUUAUUUCAUUUCCUUGUCAUUCAUACAAAGAUUACCAGACUGGUUCAUGUGUGGAUUGUGAUGACUUUGAGAAAAAAUCAUGCCCUAGGCUAGGUUAUCAAGCUGAGCUAUGGAAAGAUGUUUUAAAAGAAAGAAAAAGAAGAUCUCUUAGGACCACUGUGUUUUUGGAUACUACUGGCACAAAUCCAUUCUGUACCUAUUAUUUUGUGCUCAGCAUUGUUGUUUUGGAUGACACUAUGAAGGAUGGCAUUAUUACAUUUAGAUUAUUAAACCAGCUUGGAAGAGUUGAAGCACCAAGGCUCUAUGCGAAUAAUAAAUCACUUUAUAAAGUUCAAGAAGUCAAGAUUCUUGCUCAGUUUUUAAAUGAUGUCGUAAAUGUUUCAAGCAUUGGUUUGGCAUAUUAUCAGAGCUCAAAACAGCGAUGUUCCACAUGCCAAUAUAGAAUCCAGCGUCUCAUGUUAAAAUCCCUUACAUAUCCAGACAGACCACCACUCUGCAGGUAUGACUUUGUACUUAAAGAAAGCAAAGAAGUAUUUCUCAAUCCAUGUACUUGCAAACCAGAGGAAAUAUGACAUGCCUUCUUUCAUUAAUUGUAACAACUUGUGAAUUAAAGAAGUUGUAACUGGGAACAAUGUAACCAAUAUUUCUUUUAGAAUGCAUUGUUCAAUUUGGAAUUCAGAUAUUUCUACUUUUUUAAAUAAACUUUUAAAAAUCAAAAAUAUAUAAAAUUUAAAAAUAUAUGUGACAAGCAUUCUGAGUUCAUUCUAAAAGCUAUUUAUUUCUGUUUACCUCAACCAACCAUUUAUCAUAGAAUGUUUCCCUUGUUUAUUAUUAAUAGAUAAUAUGUCUUUAGAAAAAAGAGAAUCUUACUGCUUCAAUACACUGUCUAAACAUUCUCCAUGUCUCAGACUCCAAU